UCCCUCCCAUCACCACUAGUCCCUGCCCUAGGUCGGGCAGGCCCUGGCCACGCCUAAGCUGCACCCGAUGGGACGCGAGAAAGGGGAAGUAGUGCUCAGUGCCCUGCCGUCCAGCCCAGCCCUCUCCAGCAGGAAGCCCAGCCCUUGAACUUGAGAGAGGGACUGCACCCGGCUUUACUCACCUGAGCCCUGGCCGGGGCUGGGGCCUCUGAAGAGCUGACAGCCCAGCUUCUUGUGGUCCAUGAAGGCAGUGAUGGCCUCCAACGGGAAGGUCUGCAGGCAGCGGCCGCAGGUCUGGAGGCUUCUCUGUUAACCGGAUAACUCGGCUGGUUCCCCACUCUGGCAGUUGCGAAGAAUUGGCACAACGUUUGUCCACUGAGCUAAUCUCAUCUCUGGAGCACCGAGGCCACCAGGAAGGAGCCAAGACAAUGCAGACUCCAGUGACCGUUCCUGUGCCUGUGCUCCGGCUGCCCCGGGGCCCUGAUGGCUUCAGCCGUGGCUUUGCCCCUGAUGGACGGAGAGCUCCCUUGAAGCCGGAGGUUUCUCAAAUCCAGGAGUGCCCCAUAGCUCAAGAAUCCCUGGAAUCCCAGGAGCAGCGGGCCCGAGCCGCCCUUCGGGAGCGAUACCUCCGAAGCCUGCUGGCCAUGGUGGGUCGUCAGGUGAGCUUCACAUUGCACGAGAGUGUGCAUGUGGCCGCCCACUUUGGAGCCACCGAUCUGGACGUGGCCAACUUCUACGUGUCACAGCUGCAGACACCCAUAGGUGUGCAAGCAGAGGCGCUGCUCCGAUGUAGUGACAUUAUUUCGUAUACCUUUAAGCCAUAAAGAUAUUGUUCACCUUUCCGCUUGAGGCUAAGCCACUGAAUCCCAGGCCUUCCAAUGUUCUGGAGCCAGGAACUCUGGGCCCCACGGAGUUAUGAGCUCCCGUGGAAUUUUGAACCAAGGCUUAAGCAAGUCUGGACUCCUGAGACCUCCUGGGUCCAAUCAGCAAAAUUCUGCAACUCUAGGAAUUCUAAGAUCCCAUUAGAAGGAAUGCUGUACCUCACAGAACUCUGAACUCUACAGAAGUAUGGGCUUGAUGCUAUUUCCUGAAGACCCGGGCAUCGGGGUGGGGUGAUAAAGGAGGACAAACUGCACAGGGGGAAGUUGUUUAUUAAAGAGAUUGCAAAAUUCAGCCACCCUGAAGAUACUCUCCCUAGUGCUCCCCUCCUGCUAAAGAACCAGUUACCCCAGGAAAA